CCUUCUCGGCGAAGAAGAAGAAGAAGAGAAAAUGGCGAUUUGCAUGUGUUGCGACUCACAUCUCGUAGCGAAAUCGAUUAUGAAUCCAUGGAAUUCGCCAAUAAGAACGAAGCUAGGUUUUGUACCAGUCGGUCGCCGCUUCCCGGCUACUACUACCGUCAAAGCUUCGGCGGUGGAUUCACCUGAGAGUUCCUCUAAUUUCGCCAAGCGUAUGGAUCAAGCUUGGAUUAUCUCACAGCAACCAAGUCCCGUUGGAUGUUCAUCGUGCAAUUCAAAGGGUCAUGUUGAAUGCAAAUGGUGUGCGGGUACAGGAUUCUUCAUCCUUGGUGAUAACAUGCUUUGCCAGGUACCCUCAAGGAAUACUUCUUGCGUCAUCUGCUCCGGACAGGGUUCUGCUAGCUGUAGCGAUUGCAAAGGAACGGGAUUUCGUGCCAAGUGGUUGGAAAAGCCUCCAGUGCCGACAUAACUGAUGAAGAAAAGCAAGUUAAGUUUUUUUGGUCUUUGAUGAUUUCUUAUUGUCCAAAAAUGUUUAUAAUGAUUCAAGUGGAAUAUGAAUUAUUCAUGUCUUAUGUAUAUAAUGUGUCAAUGUAUGUUCAUUUAUUCAUUUCCCAUUGCUCUCUUUGUACAACCAAAGGCUACACAAGAGUUCUUGUAAUACACGUGAGUUUUACGA